CUGGAGCUGGUGGGAGGUGGUGGUAGCGGUGCCCUACGCGCUUCGGGGUGGGCAGCCCGGCUGGGACACUUCUCGUCCCCGCUCCCAGCGACCGCGCCGGGCUCCCCCCCUCCCCGCUGUCCCCAAGAUGCUGUUUUGGCACACGCAGCCGGAGCACUACAACCAGCACUCGACCGGCAGCUACCUGCGAGAUGUCCUUGCACUGCCGAUCUUCAAGCAGGAGGAACCACAGCUGUCUCCUGAGAAUGAAGCCAAACUGCCUCCCUUUCAGUACGUCCUCUGCACAGCCACAUCCCCUGCUGUGAAACUGCACGAAGAAACCCUGACCUACCUCAACCAAGGUCAGUCUUAUGAAAUCCGUCUACUUGAGAAUAGGAAAUUGGGAGAGUUUCAAGAUUUAAACACAAAAUAUGUAAAGAGUAUAAUUCGUGUCGUUUUCCAUGACCGACGCCUGCAAUACACAGAGCAUCAGCAGCUGGAGGGUUGGAGGUGGAGUCGGCCUGGGGACCGCAUCCUUGAUAUAGAUAUUCCGCUGUCAGUUGGAAUCUUGGAUCCCAGGGCCAGCCCCACGCAGUUGAACACCGUUGAAUUUCUGUGGGAUCCAUCAAAGAGAGCCUCAGCAUUCAUUCAGGUGCAUUGUAUCAGCACAGAAUUUACUCCACGGAAACAUGGAGGAGAGAAGGGAGUGCCUUUCCGGGUGCAAAUCGACACCUUUAAGCAGAAUGAAAAUGGUGAAUACACAGAACAUUUGCAUUCUGCCAGCUGCCAGAUCAAGGUGUUCAAGCCUAAAGGAGCAGACAGAAAACAGAAGACUGACAGGGAAAAAAUGGAGAAGAAGACCACCCAAGAGAAGGAGAAGUAUCAGCCUUCUUAUGAGACAACUAUUCUCACAGAGUGCUCUCCCUGGCCCGAUCUGCCUUAUCAAAUGAACAGUGCUCCAUCUCCAAGCUACAACAGUUCUCCAAACAGUUUCAACCUUGGAGAUGGCAACAGUUCUCCAACCCACCAAGUGGAGCUCCUGCCUCCCAGCAAUGAUCAUCUCCUUCCUUCUGCUUCUAUUCAAGAUGCCCAGCAGUGGCUUCAUCGUAAUAGGUUCUCUCCAUUCUGUAGACUCUUCUCAAGUUUUUCGGGUGCUGACUUACUGAAGAUGUCCAAAGAAGAUUUUGUUCAAAUCUGUGGGCCUGCUGAUGGAAUUCGGCUGUUUAAUGCAAUCAAAGGAAGAAAUGUAAGGCCCAAGAUGACAAUUUAUGUCUGUCAAGAACCAGAGCAAAACAGAUCCCAUCUCCACCAAAAAAGAGAGAAUGGAGAUGGCAGUCUUUGUGUAUAUCAUGCAAUCUUCUUGGAAGAGCUGACCACCUUGGAAUUAAUGGAGAAGAUUGCAAACUUGUACAGCAUUUCUCCACAGCAGAUAAAUCGAAUCUAUCGUCAGGGACCGACAGGGAUCCAUGUAUUAGUGAGCAAUGAGAUGGUGCAAAACUUCCAGGAUGAAUCUUGUUUCGUUAUCAGCACAUUGAAAGCUGAAAGCAAUGAUGGCUACCACAUCAUUUUAAAAUGACCCUGCUGCACAGAAAGACUUUGACAGCCUAAAAUUUAGUGCCUCACUGAGAUUGCUACAACCUAGACUGGAAACAUGAAGAACCUUCUGGAUAAAAUGCUCCUAUGAACUAAGAAUUACCAAACAGCUUAAGGAAAAACUUGCUUUUGCAGAUAUUCUUUUUUUUCUUUUUUUUUCUUUGUUUUGAACCUGAAGUUGAGAACACUCUCAAAGCUUGUACAUGUUUCUUCCUCCCUCCCUUCCUCUACGGUCUUAAAAACUGAGGUUUCUGCAUAUUGCUUAGAAACAUCUGCCUUGUACUAAAGGGAAAGAUAAACAAAAAAACAUUCUCUAGACCCCUCAUGGUUGGGUGAAUUGAUUUAUUUACAGUUCUGAAUGUGGCUUGUUUUUGUUGGUUUUUUUUUUUUUGCUUUCACCACACACCCCAUUGCAGAUGAACAUAGGCUCCCUGGGGAUCCUCUUUUACUCUUUGAGGUGGAAGGCUCGGGGCUUAAUCCUGCAUCAGACUGAGCAAUGCAGAGAAUAGAAUUGAUGCCCAGUCCCUACUCAGAGUGUCAAUCCUGGAAUCUUGAAAUUAGCUGCUUUCCACCUGUAGAUAUGCUUAAAGUCAAUAGACCUUGGUCUGACCUGACAGAGCUUCUUUAACAUCCAUCCAACAGAACAGUUUUACAGGGUUCAAGGGGGAACGUACAACCUGAGGCGAGCAGUUCAGUACUGUAUUCUGUCUUGAGCCUUAAAAUAAUCUUCUUGAAUUGAGUGUACGAGAAUUUACCGCGGAAAUGUUUUGAAUAUUGAAAGCUACAGAGCUGUUGACAAAUUCAUACCAUGGGCUUAUUCCACGCUACAAAGUGUUAAUUAACUGCUAUCUUUAACUGUGACUGGAAAUUAGUUUUUUUGAUCCUAGUGAGUAGUUAGGAGGAGAAAAUUAGUACAGUAUGUAAAACAGUGUUUAGAUUGAGCGUGGGUAAUGGAUCAUCUUAGUUGCUGCUUCUUGUAUUCUUGUUUUUUCACUCUUGUCUCCUGUUUCAAAUAUUCUCAACUAUUCUCAACCCCACCCUCUCGUGGUCUUUUGGGAAACCAUCCAGGCUCCAGUAGCUAAAAAAAGUGGCUUCCACUGAUGUCCAAAGGCAAACUGAAUCACACCCUUCUUGCAUGGAGUGAGUCUUUUGGUUUUUUGGCAGGUAAUUAAUAAGGCUGUCUCCCAAACCAAAUGGCCAUCUAGCAUCAAACUGUUCUACUUGAAUCUUUCAUUUCACCUAGGUUGAAAGCUGAAAUACCAA